UGAUGGUGAUGGCUGUCGGGAGAGGAGGCUAACCGACCUGCGCCGCAUAGAUGCUCGGACUGCCGGACGAAACUAAAAGCGAGAAACAAGCAAAUAUCCAAUGAUGGACGGGUUUGCGGGGGACAUGCUGAGCGGCAGCAGAGCUCUGCUCGGGGAGGACAGCUCGGUGAUGGCUCGCAUGCAGAAGAAGUUCUGGAAGACCAAGCAGGUCCUCAUCAAAGCCACGGGCAAGAAGGAGGACGAGUAUGUGGUGGCGUCAGACGCUGACCUGGACGCCAAGCUCGAGUUCUUCCGCUCGGUUCAGUCCACGUGCACAGAGCUGCUGAAGGUGAUCGAGAAGUACCAGCACAGGAUUUCACGCUUGUCUCAGGAGGAGAACGAGCUCGGACUGUUUCUGCGCUUCCAGGCCGAACACGAUCGCACCAAGGCUGGCAACAUGAUGGACGCCACCAGCAAGGCCCUGUGCACCUCCGCCAAGCAGAGGAUGGCACUUUGCCCUCCGCUGCACCGUUUGCACCAGGAAGUGGAGACCUUCAGGCGGCGCGCCAUCGCCGACACGCUGCUGACAGUCAGUCGGAUGGAGAAGUCCCGCACAGAGUACAGAGGAGCGCUGCUCUGGAUGAAGGACAUAUCCCAAGAACUGGACCCAGACACCUACAAACAGCUGGAGAAGUUCCGCAAGGUCCAAGCCCAGGUCAGAGGGACCAAGAGCCAGUUUGAGAAGCUGAAGAAUGAUGUGUGUCAGAAGGUGGACAUGCUGGGAGCCAGCCGCUGCAACAUGCUCUCCCACUCCCUCUGUACUUACCAGACCACUCUGCUGCAGUUCUGGGAGAAGACGGCCCACGCCAUGCUGCAGAUCCACGAGGCCUUCCAAGGACACGUACCUUACCAGUUCACCACACUCAAGGACCUGCGAGAUCCGCUGGAACAGAUAACAGAGAUGGAGAAACAGGCGGAUAAGAAGGAGAAGGCUCCACAGAGCAACACGGACAGUCUGGUGUCCUUGGAUGACGACAAGCCAUCAGGAAGUGCCUCUGACGCAGAUCCCGCCCACAGCAGUGAUGGACAGAGCCAAGCCAGUGACUGUGCGCACAAAAAAGCUCCCACGCCCACCUCAGCCCUGCGUGAUCUCGGAGGACUGUCGAUGGACUCUGACGACGGUCUGAUGCUCAUGGCCUGUGAUCUGCCGCAGCCACAGCUCCCAACAAACCUCCCGCUGCAGCCCCAACUCCUGCCUCCUCCUCAGGGUGGAGACCAGGAUGAGGCCUGGGGCUUUGGAAGCCUCACGUCCAGCCUCUCACAGCUGCCUGCCACUGGUGGCGGUCUGCUCUCAGGAGGCCCCCCCCACCCUGCAGGGACAGGGCUGAGACCGGAGGAGGAGGACAGUGAGAAGGGCGACAUGGCUUUCCUCAAAGAUCUCCUCAGUCCAGGACCAGGAGCCAGCGAUGAGUUCAGCAAAGAGUGGCAGGAUGCUUUCGGGAUGUUCGACCCUCCCAAAGUCCAACCUGCAGCCACGGUGGCAACGGGCAGUGGGCAAGCGGCACGUCUGCCUUCUGACCCCCCCAGCCCUACAGGCUUCCUGCCCUCCCAGCUGCUGGAUCACAGUCUGAGCGCCACAGGCUGGUCAACCCCCCCGAUGUUCCAAGCUCCGCCUCUGCAGCCUCCUCCUGGUCAGAACCAAUCAGCUCAGUCGGCUCCAAGUCCAGCAGCUAAUGCUGCUCCAAGUGGAUCCAAAGACAUGUCUGCGUGGUUCAACCUAUUCGCAGACCUGGACCCUCUUUCCAACCCAGACGCCAUUGGACGCUCUGCGGAUGAGCUGCUCAAUGCCUGAAGCCCUUUGUGUGUUUGUGUGUGUGUGUGUGUGUGCGCGCGCCUGUGUGUUUGUGAAUGUAUGAUUUCUCUUCAAGAAUCUGGAUGUCAGCAACUUUUUCAUGUCAACAACCAAGUAAAUGAUCUAACACACACACACAGACAUGAUGCUCACACAUGCACCUGCAGUUCUGUUACAUGGAGAGACGUGUGCACGUGUCCACACUUGAACAUACGAUCUUAUUGUUACACUGGAAGAUGAUAUUUUACACCGUCAGUAGAGACGAUGGUUAAACUCUGUUAGUGAGUGGCUGAACUGCUGCUGCAGCUUUGACAGAGACUGUUAACACUAACACAAGAAGCCACUGACUCGUGCACACAGCAGACCUCAUGUGGUUUGUGUUACUCUUCACUUUGUUAUUGCGGCUUCUGUCAGGCGGAGAGUGUUUGUAUUCCAGGUUGCUUCUGGACGGCGUUGUGUGCUUCUGUUUUUUAUUAAUGUUUGCAUCGUUUGGGUGUGUGUCGGUUUGCUGUGUGUACACAUCACAAGAGACACAGGAUAUUAAAAAGACUCUAUUUACUCUUAUUACGUUGUUUAUAUGUAGUAGCACAUGAUUGUCACACAGGAGUGAUUAUAAACUGGACGUGGUGUGUAUGAGAUGAGGUGGGAGCCUGUUCCUGUCACUGAGCCUGUGUUUGCACAGAAACAGCAGCGAAGCUCCAACUGCACCAAAGGCCUGUGUCACAAAGCUGAGUUCAGCCUCACAUCAGUGAUCCUCCAGUAUCAUGAAGCUGGUUAGCACUUGGCUCUGCUUUAACUCUGGCUCUUCUCAUCCAGCCAGAGAGCUAACUAUUAAUUAUAUGCAACAUCGUCAGGAACACGAGUGACGUGUUUGAUACGACACGAGCUUCAGCCAUGACAGCAGAGGUGAGAAAAUAGGAUGUAAAGACACAAAAACACCUUAUCCUGUAAUUACGAGAUCAGGUGUCUAAUUUUCUUCUUCUUUUUUUUUUCACAAUGCACCUCUGUAAGGCUGUAAACAAGUGUAGGAAUUAUUAUAUAGGCCAUCCUGAGGUUCACAGGAUGAAUCAUAACAAUGUCAUCCUCUGAUUUUACAGGUUUUUGGUCGUAAAGGACAAAAAACUGAUGCAAAGUCCUUCCCAUCAGCCUCAGCUGUACUUAUGCUAAUUAGCAAAUGUUAGCAUGCUCAUAUGCUAAACCAAGUGGGUUAAUAUUACCUGCCAAUCCUCAGCAUUGACAAUAUGAGUAUGAUGUUUGCAUUGAGCUCAAAGCACAGCCUCACAGAGCGGUCCCCCGCACACUCAGUGUCUUCUGAUGAAACAUGAAUAUCUGAUGAAGUCUAUCUGACUGAAAUGCAUUUAUAAUGAUUAAAUUAACAAUGUAUAUUUAUUUCCUAUUAAAAGCUCCCAGUGACUUUCAUUUAGUCAUAAUCUAAUGAGAUAGAAGGAGGGAAUGUUUUUAGACUCUGAUGUGCAGUAAUAGAAUAAAUGUGUUAGGAAAAAUCUGGGAACUGAACCACAACUUAUGCAGCUAAUAGUUUGUUGUUUUAAAGCCAGAGCAGACUGAUCUCACUUUGUAAUACAGACCAUCUUGAAGACUCCACCAUUUGGAUAAAUAACGUGCAAUGUAUUGAUCACCGGAAGGAAAACUCUGCUUUCUCAGAGCUGUGAGGGAUUCAGUUAGAGGUCUAAAGUCAGUGAUUAGCUGUGAACCAUCUCGUCCUCGGAGGGGACGGAUGGUGUCAGGUUACAGGCGCAGUGGAGAUCUAAGCUUCUGUGAUGCCAACAGCCUUUUACUGACUGUUUAACUUUCCAUUCCAGAUUCUGUUGGGUUGAAUGUAGAGUCAAAACAGGAAAUGUUUGAAAUCAUCUCCUGUCCCAUCUGUGGUUAAAGUUUCACAAUCACAAGUCCAAGGCCAAGAAAAAUGUGUGAAGGAUGAAACAUUUAUUUUGUAAGUAGGACAAAGGGAAUUUAUUAUUAUUAGUGGGUUGUUGAAGUCCUACAAAUGUACAAAUAACAGAACGUAAACUGGAGCAAAAUGUAUUUAUUUCCAGAUUAUAUCACUGUCACUGCAAAAUCAGAUGUUAAUUGUUUUGCACAACACUGUAAAGAUAAAGUAACACUAUUAAAUAACACUGUAAAAUAAUUCAUAUUUUUAGCUCUUGUGUGAGAUAUAUAUAUUGUUGUAAGGGAAAGGAAUCAACACUGGAGAGCUGUUACCAUCUCAAUGGAUUUAUAAUGUACCUGAUGUGGAUUUAAUUCCCACUGAUUCAGUUUUGUUUUUGAGGGAACACAAUACCAAGACUGACAUUUUUGAAUGUUUACCUUUUUGGUUUUGGUGCAAAAUGACGAUGCAAAGCUUCAGCUUUCUGUUGAGAUGUGAAAACUUGUACAUGCACCGACUGAAACCAAAUCCUCAGUUAUGACAUUUGUGCUAGCUAAGAUGAUCGGAGUGCAUUAUGGGAAAAAUUCCUCAUGUUUUAUGAGUAAGACAACUCACGAAUACUUUUAUACACAUUAGUGUCUAUGCUUUUUUUUUCUUGUUUCUGAUGCAGCAUUUAAACAUCAGUCACAGGGGAACAACUGUAUUAAUAUUUCUGUCACCUCAUGUAUUUUACUUUUUACUGUUGAUUCACACGCUUUAAAAAAUAAGAAUGUAUUUCUCAAUUCAAUCACAAACGCUUCAUUUAAUUCAACUAUGCCUUUUUAUUUCACUGGAGGAGUUUAACAGAUGAAAACUUGGCAGUUCUGUUUCCAAUAAACUGGACAAGCAAACAUA